AUGAGCAAGAGUGUUACCGUGCAGAAUGAAGGGGAGCUCAGCACACCUCCCUUCCCUGGUGGGUGUGGUCAGAAGCACAGCGUUCGUUUCCAACAGGCAAUGAUGGCUUUCCCUCCACAAUCUGAUGUAUGUUAUACUCCUUCAAAAAGUUCUGAGGCUGGGAUUAUCAAAAAAGGAAUUCAGCCAUUUCCCAGAACCUACAGAGUUUAUGACUCCCAGCAGAUGGUGUGGGUCCUGACUGGAAAUACUCUAACAGCGGUUCCUGCUAGCAACAACGUGGAGCCUGUCAUUCUUAGCUUAAUAGCAUGUAGAGACACGGAAUUCCAAGAUGAAGAGAAAGGUAAUCUAGUUUUCCUAGGAAUCGAGAACAGAAGUCUCUGCCUCUUCUGUGCUGAGAUUGAGGGCAAGCCAACUUUGCAGCUUAAGGAUGUAGACAUCAUGAAUUUGUACAAUGACGAAAAAGCACAGAAAGCCUUUCUCUUCUAUCAUGGCACAGACGGCUCCACUUCUGUCUUUCAGUCAGUCUUCUAUCCUGGCUGGUUUAUAGCCACCUCUCCCACCAAAAGACAUAAAAUCAUCCUCACACAGCAGAGGGGUGAAGUUAAUAACACUAACUUCUACUUAGAAUUUGAAAAUUAA